CGCCAGGCAGCUCCCGGCCGGGACUUUGCCCGCAGCCCGCGGGCCGGGCCGGGCCUGACCGGACAGGGGGAGGGACCGGACCGGACCGGCGGGCGAAUGGCUGGCAAGGACUAUGACCAUCUCUUCAAGCUGCUCAUCAUCGGGGACUCGGGGGUGGGGAAGAGCAGCCUCCUCCUGCGGUUUGCAGAUAACACGUUCUCCGGCAGCUACAUCACCACCAUCGGCGUCGAUUUCAAAAUCCGGACCGUGGUGAUCAACGGCGAGCGGGUCAAGCUGCAGAUCUGGGACACGGCGGGACAGGAGCGAUUCCGCACCAUCACCUCCACGUAUUACCGUAACACCCACGGCGUCAUCAUCGUCUACGAUGUGACGAACCCCGAAUCCUUCGUCAACAUCAAGCGCUGGCUGCACGAGAUUGGGCAGAACUGUGACAGCGUCUGCAAGGUGCUGGUGGGGAACAAGUGCGAGGACCCGGCCCGGAGGCAGGUGGAGACAGCCGACGCCCGGCGCUUCAGCGAUCAGAUGGGGGUGCGGCUCUUUGAGACGAGCGCCAAGGAGAACCUCAACGUUGAGGAGAUGUUCAACGCGGUGACGGCCAUGGUGCUCCGCACCAAGCAGGAGAACCUGGCGCGGCUGCAGCACCCUGAGGUGGUGAAGAUCAACAGGCCCAAGAAGAAGCCCCCUGUCAAGAAAUGCUGCUGAGGGGCGGGGGCCCCCAAAACCUGGGGGGAACUGAGCUGCCCCCACCCCCUGGGGCAGGGAUGGACUGUGUGUAUGGCGGGGGGGGGGUAUCUGCAUCCCCUCCUGCCUGGGGGCUCCUGGCUGUUGGGGGCUGGAGUGUGGGCAUGUGGGGGGGCUGGAGGGAGGGGGGGUUUGGUGCAAGGAACAGAGAAGGGGGAAUAGAGGAGACUAUUCUGCCCCUGAGGGGGCCUGGGCCCCCCAAUUUUCCCCCUGCCCCCUAAUCUGCCCCAGGCACCCCGUCCCUAUCCCUCUAGCCCACUGUGAACGGGAAGAUGCCACUUCCUGCCGCCUGCACUUCGGGGUGCACGUGCCCCCUGAAGUCAUCAGGGUCCCACAAGUCUGGAGUGGGGGAACACAUGGUGGUUGCUGAUCCACUCCCACUGUGCCCCCAUUUGUUUGGGGGGUCUCCCUGCUCCAGCUUUCCAUUCUCCCACAGGGGACCCCAAAUGUUCCCCAGCGGGGGCCCCACCAAGUGCCCCUCUGCACUAUGCAAUCAAACCCUCUUGAGCACUGGAAAAGCAGCACCUGGGAAAUGGGGGUGCAGCGAGCACCCCGCACCCUCUCCUUGCCCCUCACGCUCUGGGAGCGGCCAGGGAUGUGGCCCCCUCACUGGGAAUAAGAUGGGGUUCCCCCCUCUUUUCCGAGAGCUCCCCCCUCUGGGAUCAAAGCUGGGGUUUGCUGCCCAGCUCUGAGCGCCCGCCCCAUUAGGAACGGGGUGGGGGGCAGCCCCUGCACGGGGAGCAAAAGGAGGCAGUUCAUGAGUGGGGAGCAGCCCCGGGCCCCCUCCUGGGGGGCAUAAAGGGAGCUUGGAAUUGGGGUUCACUCCAGCACUGGAACCGGGGGCACGGCUGGGGGGUGGGGUUGGCCCCCCAGUAACUGUGCAAUAAUCCGGCCACGCCCCCGGGGGGCUGAACUGACACUAACCCAGCCGCUGCCACGGAGACGUUUGUCUUCAAUAAAGACAAUUUAGGUAUGAAAA